GCCACUGCCAUUGAUGCCCAGCAGCGGCUGCUGCUGGAGGGCUGCUGGGAGGCGAUGGCCCAUAGCACACCAGGCAGUGGCGCCGGGGAGGCAUGCAACGACGCCAGGGCAGUGGGCGUCAUCGUGGGCAUCAGCUACAACGAGUACUACCUCAACUCUGCACAUCAGGGUAUGUCGGCCUACACCGCUACCAGCGGCACGCUUUCAGUGGUGUGCGGACGCAUCUCAUUCACCCUGGGACUAAAGGGUCCCAGCGUGAGCAUCGACACUGCGUGCUCUUCGUCCCUGGUGGGCGCCCAUCUGGCCUGCACAUCCUUCAUCCCCGGUGGCUGCUACCGCUCACUAGCAGCUGGCGUCAAUCUGACCAUGCGUGCCGAGACGACCGCUGUGCUCAGCAAGGCAGGCAUGCUCGCUAGCGACGGGCGCUGCAAGACGCUUGAUGCUGCUGCUGAUGGCUACAUGCGCGGCGAGGCAUGCAUAGUGCACCUCUUGGAGGCCCUGGCUGCCUCAGAUGGUGUUGCAGGCUCGGUGCUGCUGCCGGCUGCCAUCAUCGUCGGCACUGCGGUGAACCAGGAUGGGCGAAGCAGCAGCUUGACAGCUCCCAACGGGCCCAGCCAGCAAGCUGUAGUGAGGGAAGCGCUGGCGUGCAACAGUGUGGCAGCCUCAGACGUUAGCGUGCUGGAGAUGCACGGCACAGGUACC